UCGGCUUGGAGCCACGUGCGUGUGCUCGAGAAGCUCCAGCAUGCUAGGUGUCUUUUCGUUUGUUCACGAUCGAGUUUUCAUUUCCUGUUUGUUAAUAAUAUACUGACGAACAAAUUUCACAAAGAGAAUCAGUUAGCAAAAGCAUUCGUGUGUGUGAUAAGAGUGAUUUUGAAAAAAAAAAGAAAUCGAUUUUUGAAGAAGUGGAUGGAAGAGUUGGACGGAAGAAUAUGCCAAUUCUUUCGAGUUUUCGAGUCAAAGAAUUAGUUAGUCUCGUGAUUAAGGAGAAUUUGAAAGAAUUACAGAGUGCGAUUAAAAAUACUUAAAAAUUUUAAGUACACACAGCAAUAGCCAACAACUUAUUGGUUGGGUUGGAAAGAACCACGCCGUCUCGACAGUGCGUCUAAAACGACCAGGAAACCCAAACUUGAAGAUAGAUGGUGGAGGGAAGGAGAACUAAAAAUAUCGGCCGUUGGCACGCCGUUCGUUUGCUGUAUUUCAACUUGAACAAUUUUACCAGCUGGAGAACGAGUCGUUGGGUCGCUUGUAAUCCCGCUGAGAGGUUCCAGACGUUGAUCGAAGUCGAAGCGGUGUGAUCCGCUUCCUCUGAUCGAUCUGUCCACAAGGACAUUUAUCUCUAACCGUUAGGGACAUUAUCGUUCGUUAUCGUUUAAUAAUUUUACUUCGAAGAAAAAACUUUUUUUUUCAAAAGCUUAAAGAUAAUGGACGAUGUCGGUGAUCGAUAAUCAAUAUCCUGUUCCGAUGAAGCGUUCGAUCGAUUGAAUCCGGUGGAUCUUGGCAACAUGGACAUGUCAGAUAAGGAUCGGCAACAGAAACGAGAGCAGAAGUCUCGGAAGCUUUGAGUGGUCGCUUUUGAUCGAUGGGAUCGAUCCAAUAGCAUCUACGAGAGACAGACAGAGAGAGAAAAGAAGACUUUAACCCCUCCUCGUGUUCUUCUACUCAUGGUGUUUUAUGGCGAGCUCGUUUGAGAUUCUUCGCGUGGAGUCGCGGACGUAUUUAUAGAGCCGCGCGCGGACUCGCGAGUUCACGCACGUAGAAUCGCGCGCGCACCUUCUCCUCAGGAGGAGGAAAAAAGAGGAAAGAAGAGGUGGUGAAGGCGCGAGAAGAAUAAGGCGGACGGUGGGGAAGGAGGGAGGGAGUGCGUGAAACAGAGAGGGAACGAGAGGACGAAAGCGUCGACGGAGGGACGAGAAAGGGGCACGUUGCGAUCAUGAAGCGAUGCAUCCGCGACAGGAGCACCGGCCCGCUUCGUCGUCGAGCACGUCCUCGACGUCGUCGAACUGUCUGCGCUCGCUGCCCCCACUGGCAGGCCUCCUCGAUUCAGCGGGUAUGAUCGCUCGGCUGUUGGGGGCGAACGCGGCCCUCCUGCUCCUCCUGCUAUUUCUCGCCACGACACGCACCGCUGUCUGCCUCGACCAAGCCUCGAGCGGAAACAGGACGUUCGUGACCAACGGGAACAAUAGCAUUAGCUGGCAGCGCGUGGUCGGUCAGGAUUCUGUUGUGGAACAAUUACCAAAGAACAGAUCCACAAAAUUAUCGUAUUUCACAAAUUGGAGCGAAUGGAGUGUGUGCGAUCGACACUGCACGCAGAAUCGCGUUCGAAGGUGUCGCGAGAAGAAAAAGUGUGGUACCACGAUACUUAAGGAAGAAAGAACUUGUCAACACAAUAGAAAAAGUAGAUGGAGAAGGUGCAAGCAACAUCAACGAAGAGGUCAUCGACAAAAUGAUAAAUUUCACAUCAUUCAGAUGCCUAAGAAAGAAGCUGCGCCUAGACAAGGCAGACAGAGAGGCAAGGACCAAUCUGUAGGGUAUUACGGAAAGUGGAGUAAAUGGUCACCUUGUACAAGAUUAUGCACUACUCAACGUCAUAGAUGGUGCAAGAAACCUGGAAUUUGCGGACGCGAUGUGAUAAGGGAAAGUGCUUAUUGCUACGUCGAAGGUAGCUUCUGCCAAAGAUGGAUUCAUCGAAAAAUUCGUGGGAAUCAAGAAGAAGAUGACGCAGUAUUAGACGAGUUCGAGUUGAAUCCCAACACGGUAGACAGUUUCAUCCCCGAGAAAAAUUCUAAUAUUUGGAAAUGUGGAGUGCCGAGUAUUCAAAAAACUUCUCGCCUUUCUUACUUUACAAGGAUCAUCGGUGGACGACCAUCGACUCCAGGAAGUUGGCCAUGGCAAGUAGCCGUAUUGAACAGAUUUCGUGAAGCUUUCUGCGGAGGCACUUUAGUCUCUCCAAGAUGGGUAUUAACUGCUGCUCACUGCAUCAGAAAGAGACUUUAUGUUCGCAUUGGUGAACAUGAUUUGACAGUGAAAGAAGGCACUGAGUUGGAAUUAAGAGUGGAUUCAGUCACGAUACAUCCUGAAUACGAUGCGGACACAGUGGACAAUGAUGUUGCAAUGCUUCGUCUUCCGGUCACUUUAACAGCAUCACCGUCCAGAGGAAUUGCUUGCCUUCCGGCGCCUAACCAACCUCUACCUGCCAAUCAAUUAUGCACAAUUAUUGGCUGGGGAAAGUCGCGAGUCACCGAUGACUUCGGGACUGACAUUCUUCACGAGGCUCGUAUACCUAUAGUAUCUUCAGAAGCAUGUCGAGAUGUUUACGUAGACUACAGAAUCACAGAUAACAUGUUUUGCGCCGGAUAUCGUCGCGGGAAAAUGGAUUCUUGCGCAGGAGAUAGCGGAGGUCCUCUUCUGUGCCAAGAUCCUAGAAGACCCAAUCGGCCCUGGACCAUUUUUGGUAUUACCAGUUUCGGCGAAGGGUGUGGAAAACGAGGGAAAUUUGGAAUUUACGCCAGAAUGUCGAACUACGUUCGCUGGAUCAGCAAAGUGAUGAAAGAAACCGAUGACUUUAAUUAAAACUUUCAUAACACUCAUGUGCUUGGUUCUAAUUAUCGUGCUCAGUGUUAUUAACUGUUCAGUGAUCUUUAGUUAAGAACAAUAUCCAGUGUACUUUUAAUUAGGUAUAAGAACGAGUAAUCAUUUUGAAA